AUGAGCGGAAGUGGAAUAAAAUCAAUACUUAAAGAUAAAUGGUUCUGGAUAUUUAGAAAAAACGAAUUAGAAUAAGUAAUGAUUAAUGUAGCUUCAGAUAUAGGUGUUGAUAAACCCACUAAAGAUGAUGUUGAUGAAGUUCUAAAAGAAUUGGAUGAAAAUGGAGACGGAAAAUUAUCAAUGGAAGAAUUUUAAGUAUUAAUCGAAUAGGUACUAGAAAUGAUGUCAAUUGCAGAAAAUAGCAAAUGA